AUGGAUAUUGAUGUAUCCUUAACUUUUAAGGUUCAUAUGGAGUCCACCAUAAAUCCUGAGUUUGCUGGGAGGGUCUCAUGGAAAACCAAUAUCGAAAGAAUUGCCACCAAGUUUACUUCAAUGAAUCUAACGAAAAUGUUCUCAGGAACGAUAAUACACCAAAUGCUCUUGAGGAAGUGCAGCUCAAAUUCUAUGGAGAUGAAGUUCCUCGUGAAUGGAGAGAAGCUAUACUUCGGGAUGAAGGAGUUUGCAUUGGUCAUAGGCCUAAAUUUUGGGAGAUUCCCUACGGACGAAACCAUUUUCAAUCAAGUUGAAGAAUGUUCACCUUUGGGAGAUGCAUGGAAAUUGGGGUUAGUAUACCUGGUUUGCCAAUAUCUCAUCGCCCUUGACCCAAAUAGGAUAAUAAAUAUCACACUCCUCAGCAUGGUCGAGGACAUCGACACUUUCCUCAAUUUUCCAUGGGAAAAGUUGUCCUUUAGAGAAACUAUAAAGGGUUUGAACAAGAACCUUGGUCACUACAGGUUGCUAUAUCUGGAUAAGAAGAAAGCCUUGGGGAAGAAGAAUAAAGACAAGAAUGUCGAUAUUUCUUAUACCGUAAAUGGGUUUGCAUUAGCUUUACAAGUGUGGAUCUAUGAGGAUGGGCUAGUGGAGGAGAAGAAUAAUGAUGGGAUUGUGGAGGAAGUUGAUGUGCUUGAUGAGAAAUCCAAUGAUAGGAUUGUGGAGAAGAACAAUGAUGGGAUUGUGGAGGAAGCUGAUGUGCUUGAUGAGAAAUUCAAUUAUGGGAUUAAUUGUGGAGAAGAAGAUUGA